AUGGUUCUUAAAGAUAAUGGCGAGGUUGAAUCUGCUGAUGAACGUUCGGAAAACGAUUCAUUAGACGAGGGUUUGGAAGCCCCACCUAAAGGAGAGUUGCUUGUUGCUAGGAGAUCUUUGAGUGUUCUAACUAAGUCUGAGGAGCAAGCGCAAAGGAAAAACUUGACUAUGGUUGAGAAGCUUGGUCUAGAAGUGCUUAAGCAUCCAAAACCGUAUGAACUACAAUGGCUCAAUGAGAAAGGAGAGAUGUCUGUCAAGGAACAAGUCAAGGUGCCGCUUUCAAUUGGUAAGUAUCAGGACGAGAUCAUGUGUGACAUAUUACCGAUGGAUGCUAGCCACAUUCUUCUUGGACGUUCAUGGAAAUCAGACCGACAAGUUCAUCACGAUGGCUUCACCAAUCGACAAAUCUUCAAACACAAUGGCCGGAAGACGACUCUCAUUCCAAUGACGCCGCAUGAGUUCUAUCUAGAUCAGCUAAGCAUGAAACAGCGAACCGCCAAACAAACUGAACCGAUUGAUACAAAGGGUAAGAGCAAGGUAAGUCACAAUAGUUUACUAUUUGUUUACAAAGAAACUCUAGCUUGUUCUAAUAACCCCGAACCGGUGCUACUGAGUAAAGUUGAGUUGGUUUUGCAAGAGUAUAAGGAUGUGUUUCCGGAGGACAAUCCCAUUGGUUUACCGCCUAUCCGAGGGAUCGAGCAUCAAAUCGAUUUUGUGCCGGGAGCCGCCUUACCAAACCGACCAGCUUAUCGCACCAACCCAACCGAAACCAAAGAGCUUGAAAAACAAGUGAACGAGCUGAUGGACAAAGGACAUAUUCGAGAAAGCAUGAGUCCAUGUGUCGUUCUAGUGUUGCUAGUACCUAAGAAAGAUGGGAGUUGGUGA